UACUUCGCGGUGACCAGUAGAUCACAUUCGCCAAAUCUGGAAUCAUACAUACAGCAUCAUACUUGCUUUCCUUCCAGUCCACAUAAUGCUAGUAAUUAAGAGGCAAUUUCUCCGGCUAACGGAGCCACCACUUGCCCCGGUAUAAAUAUCCCAGCCCUGAUUCCGCGAAGCUAGUCCCACUACUGCUAUUACGUACUAGCAUACUGAUUGUAAGUGCCGCGCGUGCUGAGGCUACGGACGGUCGGAUUAUGUUAUCGUUCUACCUGCUGGCGGCGUGCCUGGCGGCGCUGGGCCUGGCGUGGGGCUACGAGCACGAGCACUAUCCACCCCCGCACUACAAGUUCGGCUACUCGGUGUCCGACCACCACACGGGCGACUUCAAGGCGCAACACGAAUUCCGCGAGGGCGACGUCGUCCACGGCUCCUACUCCCUCGUCGAGCCCGACGGACAUCUCCGGACGGUCAAGUACUCGGCCGACCACAAGCACGGCUUCAACGCCGAGGUCCACAGGAAGUACCUCGGCCACCACCACCACCCCCCACCUCGCAAACACAAGGCCCACCACCAUUACCAUGGUUGAUACUCGAGGACUCGCUUUAAGAGCUAAGGUGGGCAUUGGUGGAUCCAGCAAAGUGGCAACGUUGUUUUUCUUCAUUUGAACCUAUGGAAAUGUAUCGAUUCUUAGAGGGGCCAGGUGCUCCGACAAGAAUCGAUUAUUUAACAUAGGUUUAAAUGCAGGAAAUCCCGUGUUGCCAAAUUGCUGGAUCCGCCUAUGAAGGUGGGACUCCACACCGAAAAAAAAGUGUGGUUGAUUUAACUUUCUGGAUGUAAAGAAGUGUGCGAGAACUCUCAAAAUGCUGAACUACCCGCUAGUAUAGUAGUACCUGCUGCUGUAGUAGUUAACCCAGCAUUUGUAAGUUCUCGCGCACUUUUUUUUUACAUCCAAUGUUAAAUCAACUUCAUGUUUUUUUCGGUGCACUGAGAAACAAAAUGAGGGGCUCGGAGGCACGGCGCACAAGUGCAGUUUAAGAAAAAAUUGAGGUAUUAAUGAUUUCAAUUGAAACUAAAUAAAAAUCACUAUCUAAAUCGGUUUUAAAAUAUAUCGCUUAUGAAACUGCAGAAAUGCGUAUCUCGGUUCGCGGUGUCGCAGACUUCCUGUCAUACCAUAUUUUAUUUAUAGAAAACUACUGAACGUCAUCUUUUGAAAAUUUCAGUGAUUCUUCUUCCGUUUAUGAAAAGUAUUGUGUGAAAACUUCAAGUCAUAAUGUUGCACGGUCUUCCUUUAAAAAUUAAAUUAGGAGCGGAGUAUUAGAAACACCGCGACCGAGAUACGCAUGUUCGGAGUUUCACCGUCGAUAUUUCGUGAAAAAUUCACAACUAAAAUCCAAUUUUUAUGCAUCAAAAAGUUUUGAACUUUCUCUCUGCCAUAAGGCUCCAUGUAAUUUUGCAGCUUUAGACACAUAUUUCUUGCAAUUGCAAAAAAACUGUACCAUGUGCACAGUCAGACCUCUUAAAAUGAGACAUCGGUUAAUAUGGAAUGUUGAACACAGAGUGACCUAAGCCAUCGGUUGAUUCUGGGGUUUCCUGAAUUUUACAUUGAACGAUAGAUCUAGCUUGGUGGAAAAUGAGCCAACUUUAAAAUGUUUCUAUUAAUCUAGUCACUCCGAUUGUUUUUACUUUUAUUACCAAAUACAAUUCAAGUUCUGGAGGGCGAUUUACAUUUUUUAAAAGGUAAAUAUUUGAAAAAUCAAUUUCUGCCGAUUUGAUGAAAUGUUUAGCCUUUAAGAUUACCCAAUCGAAAAGUUCAAAGCUCUGUCAAUUCGGACAUGAUAUUCAUACCACUUUUUUCAAGUACGAACUAAAUAUGAAAACUCAUGGCUAAAAGAGUUCAUAAUUUUUGGAUCAAGAAUUAUUUUAAAAAACUGACGUUACUUAGAAUGUUUGAAAAUAUAUAUUUGUGUCAUGAAAACACCAAUAUGUUUGGUAAAAACUUGAUGUAAUCUCAAUCCUUUGUUUUUGUUAUUAUUGAUUAAAUAAAACAACAAGUUACCAGAGUUUA